AUGUAUCCAUAUUUCAGGACAAAAUUGCUUGCUGGCAAACUGAAAAAGAAAAUGACUGAAAUCCAAGAAUUGUGAUGGGCACAAGAAAUUGAAAACCUAUAUAAGCUAUUAGAAAGAUUCAGUGUAUUUUCCACUGCCUUGAGCUUCCUAUUUAGGUUCUUUUGCUUUUUUUGAUAUUUUGAAUAUUUUUCUCACUCAAGCUCUAUCACUUUUCCUAUAGCAAGUAUCUUCUCAGUUGGUGUUGUAAAAUAUUUUUCUAAUAAAUCAGUCAAAUGCAAAGCUUUGGUUCUACUUUUGUACUCAGAAACCCUUAAUUUUCUAUUUAGAUAUGAGGCGAAAUUUAUACAAGAAGACCAAAAGCAGCUACUGGAAACUAUAGCUUUCCUCGUGGUGCUUCUUUUUCAACUAGCACUGGUUCGAAAUAAGCUCUAUUUCAAUAUCCUUCUUUUGAAGUACAUGUAUAUUUGGUUUGUUAGUGAUUUAUUCAUCAGAAACGAGCAAGAUGUCUCUUUCUAUUACUGCCAAUUGAUGAUUAUCAUUAUUUGUUUUAUCAAUGUUUUGCACUCCCAUUCCUUAAAAAUCUCUUUUGAAAGGUUUAUAUCUAGGAAUGAGCUUGAAACUUCUAAAAAUAGGCUUAACACAAUUAAAGAAUCAUUCUCCGAUGGAAUUAUCAUAAUUUCACAAGACCUUAAAAUCCAGUUCUAUAACCCUAGAGUUCUUCAAAUUCUGGCGACAACUCCUGACAAUCUUUUUAACACUGUUUCAUCAGCUCAUUAUAUAGAAAACAGAAAAGUCUCUAAUUUUAUCCCCACAAACGAGCUAAUUGUUGAUAUUUCUUAUUUAUUAAACAACAGUGAGCAAAAUGAAAUAGUCCUAGGGAUAACUCAGAUUGGGCUAUCCAAUUUAGAAUGAAGAGCGAUGCAAAUAGAAUGGGAAAAUCUGAAGGCUGUAUUUCUUACAGUAAGAAAUGUAAACCAUUUAAUAGAGCUUGAGAAAAAAGUUGCCUGCGACCAAAUGAAAACAUUAUUGCUGAGGUCUGUUUCACAUGAGCUUAGAACUCCUCUUAACUCUAUACUGCAUUUUACUGAAGACUUGAUUAAAGGUGCAAAAGAAUGAAGAGGAGAAGAAGCAAAAAAAUUGAAAAUGAUUUAUAUUUCAGGACAACAAAUGUUGUCACUUAUAAGCGAUUUGCUUGAUUAUUCUCAAAUUUUGAUUGGAGUUUUUUCAGUUCAUAAGACUUAUUGUAAUUUGAGAGAAAUUGUACAAAAUGUUUGUGAGUUGUUUAAGUUUCAAAUUGAGAAAAAAAAUUUGUUUGUUACUUAUAGAAUUGAUCCGAGCCUCCCUGAUAUGAUUUAUACAGAUCAUUUGAGAUUUAGUCAAAUUUUAUUGAACUUGCUUAGUAAUGCUAUUAAAUAUACAUUAGAAGGUAAAAUCGAAAUUACAUGCAUCCUCACAUCAAAAAAUUCUAUGAAGUGUUACAUUGAAGACACAGGAAUCGGAAUUGAAGAAUCAGCUAUGAAAAACAUGUUUAGAUUUAUGAAAACCUCCAAUGUUCCAAAUUUAGGUCCAAAAGGAAACGGUAUUGGCCUUUAUAUUUCAAAUCUCUUGAGCAGGCAGCUAGGAAAUAAGUCUAUUAAAGUCAAGUCAAGUAUCGGGAAAGGGUCAGUCUUUUAUUUUAAAGUCGAUAUUUUCGAGAAUUUCUCCCCAAGCGAAAUUCUUGAUAAAAUUGAGUCAAAUGAUAACGAAAAUAUUUUACCAAUUUCAAUACCAAGCAAUUAUAUUAAAAAAGAAGAGCCUAAAGAUGUUCUGAUUGUGGAUGAUACAGAAUUUAAUCUAGAGAUAUUAAGCUCUAUUUUAACAAGCGGAGAUGUUAAAUAUGAUGAGGCUUCAAAUGGAAAGGAAGCUGUUGAAAAAGUGCUGAAUAAGGAUAACGCUGAUCAACCUUAUAAGUUAAUUGUGAUGGAUUGCGAAAUGCCAGAAAUGAAUGGGUGGGAGGCUUCUCGGUAUAUUAAUCAGUUAUACAGACAAGGGAAAAUUAAGUAUUUGCCACAUAUUGUGGGAUAUUCAGCAUAUUGCUCAGAUGAAGAUAUUAAGCUCUGCUACCAGAGUGGCAUGGUAGAGUUUUUGCCAAAGCCUUGCUCUCCUGAUAAAAUUUUAAAUACUCUUAAAAAAUUUUAUAUGUAUAAAGUUAUAUUAAUUUCCAAAUUUUCACUGAACUAUCAAGGUCUGCUGUAA